GACGCUCACCCUGGCCUCGGCCACGUGCCACCGCGGAGCGGCCCACCGGUGCGGAUUUUAUUCUCCCCGAUCGCGGUCUCUUCCUCAGAGCCACGGCUGCCUGAGUCAGAUGCUGUUGAUGGGGUGAUGAAUGGUGAACUCUACCAGGAGAGCAAUGGGCCAACAGACUGCUAUGCCGCUAUUUCACAUGUGGAUCGACUGCAGUCAGAACCAGAGAGUAUUCGUAAAUGGAGAGAGGAGCAAAAGGAACGCCUAGAAGUGCUUGAUGCUAACUCUCUAAAGCAGGAAGCAGAGUGGAAAGAGAAGGCGAUAAAGGAGUUGGAAGAAUGGUAUGCAAGACAAGACGAACAGCUACAGAAAACAAAAGCCAACAACAGGGUGGCAGAUGAAGCUUUCUACAAACAACCCUUCGCUGACGUGAUUGGUUAUGUCACAAACAUAAACCAUCCUUGCUACAGCCUAGAACAGGCAGCUGAAGAAGCUUUUGUGAAUGAUGUGGAAGAAACUUCCCCAGGCACGGAGUGGGAACGUGUGGCUCGGCUCUGUGACUUUAAUCCCAAGUCUAGUAAGCAGGCGAAAGAUGUGUCCCGCAUGCGCUCAGUCCUUAUUUCACUCAAGCAGGCUCCACUGGUUCGCUGAAGGAAAAGCACAAUGGAAACACUACAAAUGCAAUAUCUUAACCUUACUCAGAGAAGCUGUGUUUGCAGUAAUUGGAUUAAUUAUGUUUAAAUGUGUUUUUUGGACCAAACCUCAUGAAGUAUCUAGAGUUGAUCAUUGUUUGUGAUUGCAUGUUCUUCCUCCAUGUUUCCUUCCUCUGUCCUGAUGGGAGGAAAACCUCCAGAAUUGUAGUCUCUCUAUACUCUGUGCACUGAGAGAUCACUUUCAACUGUACUGAUAUUAAAGGUCUGUUAAACAAU